CGCUUUUUCAUUGUUCGCGGGAAACUUACCACUUCUGAACGCGACUUGCAUCCUGCAGCGAUGACUCUUUUUCACCAUGUUGUUGAUCGAGGGGCUAAAAAAAGAGGACGAAAUGGUGAGCAGCGGCUGUUUCCUCUGUCGUCUCUGCUGGACGGCUAUGAAUGCGCUCGGCGGGAUGAACACAUCUCUUAUGGAGCCUCCGCUGCUGCCGUGCCGCCAUUCGGAUGCACAUUUUCCUCCGCUCAUGGACAACAAAACUGUCUUGCUGUAGCCAACGAAGAAGGGUUUGUGACCAUCUUCAACACUGGAGAAAAACAAAGCUCUGUUCUGAAAGAAUGGCAGGCACAUGAUAAUGCAGUUUUUGAUAUUGCCUGGGUUCCUGGAACCAAUUGCUUAGUAACUGCAUCCGGUGACCAAACUGCUCGUCUGUGGGAUGUUAUUACUGGUGACCUGCUGGGAACAUUUAAAGGACAUCAAUGCAGUCUCAAAUCAGUAGCUUUUUACAAGCAAGAGAAAGUAUUUAGCACUGGAGGCAGAGAUGGAAACAUAAUGAUUUGGGAUACAAGAUGCAGUAAAAAAGAUGGUUUCUACAGGCAAGUAAAGCAGAUCAGUGGUGCUCAUAUGAAACCUGAAAGAUUCACUCCUCAAACAAAGAAGAGACGUGGUAUGGCGCCCCCUGUGGAUUCCCAACAAGGUGUGACAGUGGUUUUGUUUUGCGAUGAGACCAAACUCAUCUCCUCAGGGGCAGUUGAUGGGAUCAUUAAAAUGUGGGAUUUGCGGAGGAACUAUACUGCAUACCACCAGAACCCCCUGCCUCUACAGGCCUAUCCUUACCCAGGGUCCUGCACGCGCAAACUAGGUUAUUCUGGUCUUUCACUGGACUACACUGGAUCUAGACUCUUCUCUAACUGCACAGAUGACAAUAUCUACAUGUUUAAUAUCAGUGGGCUGAAAACCACUCCAGUCGCUGUGUUCAGUGGUCACAGUAACUCCUCAUUUUACGUGAAGUCCACUGUGAGUCCAGAUGACCAGUUCCUGGCUAGUGGAUCCAGUGAUCAUAACGUUUACAUAUGGAAGAUUUCAGAUCCAAAACAAGCUCCCAUGAUGCUUCAGGGCCACAGCCAAGAGGUCACAUCCGUGGCCUGGUGUCCUACCGAUUUCACCAAGAUUGCAUCCUGCUCUGAUGAUAACACUGUUAGGAUCUGGCGUCUUAACCGCAAACCAGAAGGAGAAAACUCAACAAUCCAAGAUGGAAACCUUGUAGGCUGGACGAUUCGUAAAGUCCAGUCACCAAACAGAACACCUGGCCAUCACAGCCCAGUUGAGCUCACUCCAUCCAAAAAUCCUGGAUCGGUGAGGUCUGUUUCGCUGGCUUCACCCCAGCCUGCCACCUGUGCCCCUACAGGUGCCGCUUUACCCCUCCCAUCAAACACCUCUUCUGCACCUCCAGCCAAGCUCACCAGCCCCAAAAUGCCAUCAUCCCUUCAACAAUGGAUCAGCCGCAGCAGCAAAUCUCCUGUUCGAAAAGCCCUCACACCUGUUCUCCAGGGUCUGUCCUUCGAACACCGUGUCAAACGCCGACUGGAGACGGGCGAUUCUGCCAGCUCUGGUUUGGGAGAGGAGAUCGACGGUGUGUCUGAACUUUAUCCCAAUGUCAAGAGGAGUAGGAGUUCAGUAAGCACACUCAAGAAAGAGGACUCGUUUGGUUUGGAAAGUGAGAAGAGGCUAGGCUCGGAUGGUGCAGAGGCCUCUGGGAAGGAGAACAGCUCUCCCAGGAGGACUGAUUGGCUUUCUGUGAUCAGCCAGAAGUUUAAAGGGUCGGCUCAGCCUAAGAGCCCCAGCAGUGGCAGCAGUCAGCAGGAUACAAGAACACUAGAAUCUCCAGCAGCAGUCUCACCUCGUCCCAUGAAAGUUUUCUCUCCACCAACAAACAAGAAAGCAUCACCUUCCAAACCUAUGAAAAAAAUCUCAAGCUACUUUAUGAAAAGAACCCAAGACUGACGUGCAUGGGUGCAUGCCUGCAUGCCUGUGUGCGUGCAUGUUUAAAGAGAUUACAAGUGUCUUUCAUUCUACACAUUUAUGGUUUAAAUUCAGUUUCAGCUUUUCUUGUAACUGAGCUUCAAACCAAACCUAGAAAAGAUUUGCAGAUUCUGCCUGUAUUUAUGUAUGUAAUGUGUAUUUUUUUAUCUAGUUGUGCAUUUAUUUUUAAAUGUGUAAAAAUAUUUUUCUAGAAAAGGGUCAAAUGUAUGAUCAUUUACAGUCAUUUGACACCACAGUUGAAUUCUAAAGUUUCUCUGAUACCUUCAUGUCUGUCAGACAGUUUGAAACACUUUGCUCCAUUUAACAUGCUUUUUAAACUAUAUUAAAUUAUAUUUGGGUGUUAUAA